AUGGAGAUCAAAGACCUGAUCAUCGAUGACCGGCAGAGGGGAGUUUUCAGGGUCCACCGGUCGUCCAUGACCUCCCCCGAUUUGUUCCAGCGUGAACAGGAACAAAUCUUCAACCGAUGCUGGAUCUACCUGGGGCACGAGUCAGAAGUGGAGAACCCCGGAGACUACCGGCGCCGCACGGUGGUAGGCCGGCCGCUUUUCUUUGCCCGUGGCCGCGAUGGCCACGUGCGGGUGUUCCUCAAUUCCUGCCCCCACCGGGGCGCAUUGAUCUGCCGCCGUGACGCGGGGAACGCCGACGUCCUACAGUGCUUCUAUCACGCCUGGUCCUUCAACACCCAUGGAGAUCUGAUCGGCGUCCCUGACCAGGAUGCCUACGGCCCCCACUUCGACCGGGGCGAGCUUGGCCUGAAGGAACCGCCCCGUGUCGAAAGCUAUCGCGGCUUUUACUUCGUGUGUUUCAACCCCUACGUCGAGGACCUCGUCACCUAUCUGGCGGGCGCCAGGGACUACCUCGACCUGAUCGUCGACCAAUCCGAGGCCGGGAUGCGAAUGGUCGCCGGUUCCAACAAGUACACCAUGAAAGCCAACUGGAAGCUGCUGGUCGAAAACAGCCUGGACGGUUAUCACCUGGUCCCGACGCAUCAAACCUACCUGGACUAUAUCAGCGGCCUCGGAACCGACGACAGCGGCCAAACCGCAGCAUCCCGCAUCGUCGGCACCGCGAAAGCCUUGGGCAAUGGUCAUUGCGUCAUCGAGUCUCCGGUGCGGAACGGCCGCCCCAUCGCCCACUGGCACCCCCUGUUCGGUGAGGAAGCCCGGGAGCCCAUCACACAAACCCGCCAACGGCUCGUGGAGAAAUACGGCGAGGAGCGCACCUUCCGCAUGGCCGACACUUCCCGGAACCUGAUCAUCUAUCCCAACCUGGUGAUCAACGACAUCAUGGCCAUCACCGUCAGGUACUUCGAACCCCUGGCUCCCGACCACAUGGAAGUCACGGCCUGGCACCUCGUCCCCCGCGAGGAAUCGGAGACCAUGCUGGCCACCCGUCUGGAUAGCUUCCUGACCUUCCUCGGCCCCGGCGGCUUCGCCACCCCCGAUGACGUCGAAGCCCUGGAGUCCUGUCAGAUCGGCUUCCGGGCCACCGAAACCGAGUGGUCCGACAUCUCACGGGGUAUGCUCAACCCCGCCAAAUCAACCGAUGAGCUCCAGAUGCGGGGCUUCUGGCGGCAAUGGCACGCGAACAUGCAGGGCUUGAGCAAGACCAACGUGCAGGACGGCCCGGUCAGGGAAACCGAGGCUGCGCUGGCUAUCGGAAAUGACGACUAG